UCCGCUCUCUGUUCCCUCGCCGCAGAGUCCUUCGAGCCGAGCAAACAAGUUGGUAGCGAGGUAGUACUCUCAGUUUUAGUUAGUAUUAUCCUUUAGAAACAUAGGCGCCAACAUGGCCGACAAGCUGAGCAUGUCUCUGGAUGACAUUAUCAAGAUGAACAAGACGGGAGGCGGCGGCCGCGGUGGGCGAGGAGGCCGCGGCCGAGGGACGGCGUCGGCGGGCCGGGGUGGAAACGCGGGUCGGAGCCGACAGAGUUUCAGCAGAAACAACAGAGCCACGCCGUACACCAGGCCCAGGGUGUUACCAGACAAAUGGCAGCAUGACAUGUAUGAAGAGGGCUUUUCUGGACGCACAGGACGAGGGGGAGAUGCAGGAGCCUCAAAACCUGCAGAAUUUGGAGGCAAGCUGCUGGUUUCCAAUCUUGACUUUGGUGUCUCCGAUGCAGAUAUCAAGGAGCUGUUUGCAGAGUUUGGGACUUUGAAGAAAGCAACUGUGCACUAUGACCGGUCCGGUCGGAGUCUGGGAACUGCAGAUGUCCACUUCGAAGAGAAGGCAGACGCACUCAAAGCCCUGAAUCAAUAUAAUGGUGUCCCACUGGAUGGCCGGCCCAUGAAAAUCCAGCAAGUAACUUCAGAGUUUGACACACAGAGGAGACCGUCCACGCAAAGUAGCAGUUCAGGUAGAGGCUUUGACAGACAAAGGAUUGGGCGGCCCAGGUUUGGAAGGGAUGAAAUGAAGCGAGGCGGAGGUGGCGGAGGUUUCAGGGGCCGGGGACGAGGUGGAAACAGACCUCAGCUGUCUGCACAAGAGCUGGAUGCUCAGCUGGAUGCGUACAUUGCAAAGAUGGACACCAGUUAAAGGCACUCACAAGGAUCUAUCUUCACUCGUUGCCACACUUUUUCCCUCUUCGUUGGAUUAAAAAAACAUUCUAUAUACCCUCCUGUAUUUGUUUGAAGCCAUCUUAAUGUAUGGACCUUUUUAAAUCCCCAAUUUUUAACAUUUUUUUAAAAAUAGUUUUUGUGAUUUUGAUUUUUUUUAUGACAGUUGUAUUAUCUUUUCUAUUUAGUUCACCAGCCUAUGUGCUCUUUUCUGUGCGGAAAAUUUCAUUAAACCUUCAAACUUUCCUGAAUGUUUAAUUUGUAUCAUGGACAAUUUUGACAGACUGCUUAAUGUGAAGUGUACUGUAUACAAAUUAAAUGUGCCUCAGAUCUUUGUUUUACUAGCUGCUGUACAGCUGAUUCAGUCAGACUAUAUUAAACAGUUCAUUGAUGGAAUUUUCAUAUACUUUUGUACAUAACAGGGACAACUAUUAAAUUCAUUGUAUUGUGAAA